GACGACAGGGGAGCCGAGAGCGGCAAGCCACUGGACGCUAGCUGCUAGUCCCAUCCUCCGCUCGCUAGCUACCUCUCCGUGCGGCGGGAUGAAGCAGCCGGCGGCGAGCCCGGGGCGCGCGGAGAAGCCGCCGCAGCAGCAGCAGCUGCCGGCGCCGCCGGGGCUGGCGCGGCUGCUGCUCAGCAAGAGCCGGCGCGGGGCGCGGUCGCGCCGCGCGCCGGCCACGUCGCCCAUGUUCGUGUCCCGGGGCCGGAGCCGCGCGGCGGCGGCGGCGGACGGGGAGCCCUCGUCGCCCAAGGUCACCUGCAUUGGCCAGGUGCGGAUGCGCAAGGGGAAGAAGGGCAACAAGAAGGGGCCCCCGGCGCCGCCGCUACCGCCGGCCAAGGAGGAGAAGGCCAGGGGCUACUGCCGGUGCCUCAAGAAGGCGUUCCUCUGCGGCGGGCUGUUCGACUUCGACCGGACGCGCCGGCGCAAGGGGCCUGCGCCGGAGGCGGAGCGGACCCGCCGGUCGCCGUGGGUGUUCAGCAGCAGGGACGUGGCCGUCGCCGCCGCGCCCAAGCCGCCGGAUCCGGCCAGCGACCGCGCCGAGGAGGAGGGGGAGGAGGACGACAAGUCGGUGGGGGCCUUCGGCUCGGUGGAGAGAGACGAGAAGGCGGACGAGCCGGGGACCGACAGCGGUGGCACGGAGGAGGAAGGGUGCGAGGAGGGGGAGGCGGCGGAGCUCGUGUCGUCAGGGACCACCACGCCGCCCAAGAACGCUCUGCUCCUCAUGCGCUGCCGCUCCGCGCCGCAGAACCGCUCGUCCCCGCUCACCUCCAGGUUCGCCGCCGGCGCCGCGCCGUCGCCGGUCCAGGAAGCGGCCGAUUACGCGGUGGAGUCGAUCGCCGCGACACCACCACGGGCGUCGCCCUCCCCGCGCAAGCCGGAGAUGCUAUCACCUUGGGCGUCUCCGUCUCCACGCAAGCCGGACAUGCUAUCACCUUGGGCGUCUCCGUCUCCACGCAAGCCGGACAUGCUGUCACCUUGGGCGUCUCCCUCCCGUCGCAAGCUGGACAUGUUGCAGUCACCACGGGCGUCGCCAUCUCCCCGCAAGCCGGACAUGGUGGCGGUGGAAGGCAACGACGAGAAGCGGCAAAAAAUGGCAGUAUCCACGCAGGAAGACGAGGAAAAGAUGCUCGAACAAAAGCACGAAGCCGACGACGACGAAGCGGAAGAGAUGAGGUGCUCGUCGGCGCGGCCGCUGGUGCUGCAGAGGUGCAAGUCAGAGCCGGCGACGACCGCGGCGGCGAAGAUGGCGGCCGGUGCGGGGGCCGAGGGGGCGCCGUCCGGCUGCUUCUGGGCCAACGGCGGGAGCAGCGGCCGGCGGAGGCACGCGCCGCAGAUGUCGCCGGCGGCCGCCGCUCCGGUGGCUUUGACCGGUCACUGAGUGAGUAGGUGGGGACCCCUAGCUGUCUCCCGUAUACUAGUAGUAUUUUCCUUUUGUUGCUGUCGCUGUCGAUUAAAUCUAGCACGGUAAAGCUGUAAUUCCCCCAUUCUCCGUCCAUCCAUGCCCUGUAAAAAGAUUUACGUACCUAGUCACGCUGUAAAUCUUCUCCUGCUGCCACUAGCACUGCCACUACUGCUUGUUUAUCUA